AUGGAACUAUCAGUCUCCUCGCCGGCAGAUUUUCAUGUCCACCUGCGCCAAGGUGCUCUCUCCGAACUAGUGGCGCCCCAUGUCCGUCAAGGGGGCUUUCGGCUUGCAUAUGUCAUGCCCAACUUGCAACCGCCGAUUACAACUACAGAACAAGCUCUCGAGUACAAGGCCAAUCUGCAGAAGAUCGACCCUAAUGUCGAAUACUUAAUGACAUUGUAUCUCUCUCCUUCUCUGACUCCAGAAGAAAUCAAGAAGGCAGCGAAAGCCGGAAUAAUUGGGGUCAAGUCCUACCCCAGGGGUGUUACAACCAAUUCAGACGGUGGUAUCGAGUCGUAUGAGACGUACUAUCCGAUUUUUGAAGCGAUGCAGGAAAACGAUAUGGUUCUCAAUCUACACGGAGAAGUUCCAUCCGAUGCAGUAAAUGUGAGUCAACACAGUAAACGACGAAGGUUUGCUGACUUCCAGCGGGAAAAGAAUAUCCACGUAAUCAACGCAGAGCCUCAGUUCCUGCCUCAUCUCUUCAAGCUACAUGAAGCGUUCCCAAAGCUUCGGAUAGUCCUCGAGCACGCGACUACGCGCGCUGCCGUUGAAGCUGUCAAAUCCUGCGGAUCUACGGUCGCCUGUACCAUCACUGCACAUCACCUUUUCUUAACCGUGGAUGACUGGGCCGGACAGUCCUGGAACUAUUGCAAGCCGGUGGCAAAAUUCCCUGACGAUCGUGAAGCCUUGCGCUCAGUAAUCAAAGAAGGUGUGCCGCCUUCUAGUGCGAACUCAAUAUCUUUACAAACUAGUUUACUUGCAGGGCAUCCACGAUUCUUUUUGGGCUCCGAUUCUGCUCCUCACCCAGCUCAUACUAAGUCGACGAGCACCCCAGACCACGGAUGCGCUGCAGGGGUCUAUACAUCCCCAAUUUUGUUGCCUUUGGUCGCUCAUGUUUUGGAAUCAUUCGGAGCUCUGGACAAAUUAGAAGGCUUCGUCAGUACCUUAGGCCGCCACUUCUACAACAGACAGCUUACGGGUGAAGAAACCUCCAAAAAAGUAGUGUUGAGGCAACUUCCGGAGGGUAUCAAGGUGCAGGAAAGAUAUAGUACCGGGGAAAAUGUCGUGCCGUUUUGGGCGGGAAAACUGAUUAGAUGGAAGAUAGUCGGACAGUAG